AUGCCUGAAGGAAACUGCACUGCCCUGACUGAGUUCAUUCUCCUGGGUUUCACAGACUGGUCUGAGAUGGAGAUUCCUUUGUUUGUGCUCUUCCUGCUCAUCUACGGCACCACUUCGGUGGGGAACGUCGGCCUCAUGGCACUCGUCCGGCUCAGUGCCUGCCUUCACACCCACAUGUAUUAUUUCCUGAGCGAUUUAUCCUUCCUAGUCAGUUGUUCCUCUGCCAUCACUCCCAAGAUGCUGGUGAACCUCUUGGCCCGGCAUAAAGCCAUUUCUUUCCUUGGCUGUGGGAUGCAGAUGUUCCUCUUUGCCGCUUCCACUGAGUGACUCGUUUUGGCCGUCAUGGCCUAUGACAGCUAUGUGGCCGUUUGUCAGCCUCUCCUCUACUCUGAGGCCAUGUCCCACAGGAUCUGCACCUCCAUGGUGGCUGGGGCGUUCCUCAGCAGGGGUCUGACCUCGCUGGUCCACACCUGCCUCGCAUUCUCGCUGCCAUUCUGCGGCUCCAGAUGGAUCAACCACUUCUGCGACAUCCCGCUGCUGCUGAAGAUCUCCCGCUCUGACACACGCCUCAGUGAGGUCCUGCUCGUCACCCUGUGUGGCUUCAUCCAGACCAGCACCUUCCUGAGCAUUGCUGUGUCCCACAUCUGCAUCCUCAGCACCAUAUCCCGCAUCCAGGUGGCUGAGAGCAGGUACAAAACCUUCUACACCUGCAGCUCCCACCUGAUGGCCAUCGCGUUGUUCUAUGGCUCCCUCCUCUUCACCUAUUUAAAGACCAGCUCCAACCACUCCUCCUGGGACACAGACAAAGUAGUGUCUGCAUUUUACACUCUUGUCUUUCCCAUGCUGAACCCCCUGAUUUACAGCCUGAGGAACAAAGAAGUGAAGGAUGCCCUGAGGAGGACAGUGGAGAGGAGGGUCUUUUCUCAGGGAUUUUCUUAG